AUGUAUUUAUUGCUUGUGAUAUUAUGCAUAGUGCCCAUGCUAUGGGUAUUACGGAGGAAAUCCCUGUCCUACCAGUUGGAAGAUCUCAAAUUCUUCAUAAAAGUUAUCUAUUGCUACCUGAAGGUUAAAAAGUCAGUUUCACGUUCUCCUUCCUCUCCUGGCAUGUUGGAUGUGUUUUUACAGCAAGUGUCCACGAGACCUAACAAGACAUUUAUCUUAUAUGAAGACCAGGCCUAUUCUUACAGAGACUUGGAUCUGAAAAGCAAUCAAGCAGCAUGGGCUUUAAGCCACCAUGCCAAUCUGAAAAGUGGCAACUGUGUUGCCGUCUUCAUGGGUAAUGAGCCUGCAUAUAUCUGGCUUUGGUUGGCACUAUCGAAAUAUGGGUGUCCAAUGGCUUGUCUGAACUACAACAUACGUGCAAAAUCCUUUCUUAAUUGCUUUCAGAGCAGUGGGGCUAAAAUUUUGAUUGCUGCUCCAGAAUUGAAGGCUGCUGUGGAGGAAGUGCUGCCUGAAUUGAUAAAAGAUGGGGUACUGGUCUUUUACUUGAGCGGAGAAUCACCCACGGAAGGUGUUCAAAGUUUACUUGACAAAAUUGAAGCUGCUUCAGAAGACCCCAUUCCUGAAUCUUAUAGAGUGGCCAUUAAAGAAAAUACUCCAACUCUAUAUAUUUAUACAUCUGGGACUACAGGGUUUCCCAAGGCUGUUAUAAUAACACAAAGGAGUGUUUUUUUGAGCUGCACAGUGGCCAUGCUAUGUGGACUCACAAGCGAGGAUGUGUAUUACAUUACACUACCUCUUUACCACAGUGCUGGGCUGCUCAUUGGACUCCGUGGAUGUAUGCAGACAGGAGCAACUUGUGUCUUACGAAAGAAAUUCUCAUCCAGUCAAUUCUGGGCCGACUGCAGGAAAUACAAUGUAACAUCAUUCCAAUAUAUUGGGGAGAUACUUCGAUAUCUAUGUAACACUUCUAAGAAAGACAAUGACACCGAUCACUGUGUGCGUCUUGCUAUAGGCAAUGGGGUGAGACCAGAGAUCUGGCGGCAGUUCACUGAUCGUUUUGGUAAAAUCAAACUAUAUGAAUUGUAUGGAGCCACAGAAGGGAAUGCAUUCUUUUUAAACUACACACAGAAAGAAGGUGCAAUGGGAAGAUACAACUACUUCUUAAAGCUUCUUCAGCCUUUUGAAAUUGUUAAAUUUGAUGUGGAAACUGAUGAACCGAUUCGAGAUGCUGCAGGACACUGUAUCAGAAUAGAAAAAGGUGAGACUGGACUGCUGAUUGCAAAACAUAUUAACAGAAAUCCCUUUAGUGGAUAUGCAGGAAAUAGAAGCCAGACAGAAAAGAAGAAACUUUACAAUGUAUUUGAAAAAGGAGAUAUCUAUUUUAACACUGGAGAUUUGGUCAUGGUUGAUAAAGAAGGCUUUACAUUUUUUCAGGACCGCCUAGGAGACACAUUUCGGUGGAAAGGUGAAAAUGUGGCAACAACAGAAGUGGAAAACGUAAUGUUAAUGUUGGAUUUCAUUGAAGAAGCCAAUGUUUUUGGUGUUGCAGUGCCUAACCAUGAAGGUAGAAUUGGAAUGGUGUCUAUCAAGCUUAAAGCCGGAGGAGUCUUUGAUGGGGAGAAAAUGUUUGCACAUGUAACCGAGAAUUUACCAAAUUAUGCCAGACCUCGGUUUCUUAGGAUACAGGAUGCCAUACAGGUUAAUAGCACUUACAAGCAAUAUAAAACUGAUCUUGUGAAAGAUGGCUUCAAUCCGUCCUGUACAAAAGAUACACUAUAUUUCAUGGAUGAUACUCAAAGGACCUACAGGCCCCUGGAUCACCAGAUUUACAAAGAUAUUUCGGAAAAUAGAAUGAAACUUUAA